GAUAUUUAGCUUUUAGCCAGUCUCGCGGCAACGUCGCCCGCGGUUGGUCGCGGACACUUAGUGUCACGCACUCGUCGGUGUUUAGUGUACAGAAAUCCGCUUUUUAACCUCGAAGCUACGUAAAAACAAUCACCAUGGAUCCCGAAGCAUUCUUAGACCUGGCCAAUCAGGUCAUUAAACUGAAAAUGUACCCAUAUUUCGACAUAGCGCAUUCAUUGCUUUGCGCUCUAGCUGUGAGAGAGGAUUUAGGGUCUGGUGCCCAAGCGUUCUCCCGAAAGCACCCGCUGUCCUGCUGGCUGUCCACCAUGCUGGUGAUAUUCGCGGGCGGCAUGGUGGCGAACGGCCUGCUGGGGGAACCCAUCCUGGCACCACUAAAGAACACCCCACAAUUGGUCAUUGGUACUAUUACUUGGUAUGUAGUAUUCUACACACCAUUUGAUGUCGGCUACAAAGUAGCCAAGUUCCUCCCAGUGAAGGUGGCUGCAGCGGCUAUGAAGGAAAUAUACCGGGCUAAAAAAGUGUACGACGGUGUCAGCCAUGCUGCUAAAUUGUAUCCUAACGCGUAUAUUAUUAUGAUUGUUGUCGGUACAUUGAAAGGAAACGGUGCCGGGUUCACGAGGUUGGUUGAAAGGCUCAUUCGCGGUGCCUGGACCCCAACUGCCAUGGAAACCAUGCAGCCUAGCUUCUACACCAAGGCAUCACUCGUAGCCUCCAUUAUCUUCGUGUUGGACAAGAAGACGGAUCUCAUCUCGGCGCCGCACGCUCUCGUGUACUUCGGCAUUGUCAUCUUCUUUGUUUACUUUAAGCUAUCAUCCAUCCUCCUGGGCAUCCACGAUCCCUUCGUGCCGUUCGAGAACUUAUUCUGCGCACUAUUCCUCGGUGGUAUCUGGGACUCGCUCGCCAAGCUCCUCGGCAAGGGACAACCUAAGGAAGAGACGAAAGACGCUAAAAAGACUAAUUAGCCUGUCGCAAAGUAUUAAAACAUCUACACCGACGCCCGACCUCUUGCGACAUGUUUUUAAGUAAAAAAUAAAAAAUAAAAAAAAUUGUAAAACCCUUAAACUUGAAAAAAAUGGCACAACGACCAAAGUUUUAUUUUAGUAUAUUUAAGUUUGACUAGUCAUAAAUCAUUAUAUUAUCAUUAGUUUUAUGCAAGGUUUUAUGAAAUGUAAGACGUUUAUGUUAGGCUAUGUAUGUUUUUUGAAAAUUUAUUUGUGCGUAAAUUUUAGUAAGUAGUGUUUCCAUGAUUGAAUUUCAACUAGUGUUGGCAUUCAUAAGAAAUUGGUUAAAAUUAUGUGUUGUGAUGUUUGAUUUUAGGAAUGUUGUGAAUUGGUUGUUAAAUCAUAUACAAAAAAAAUGUUACCAUAUUAUCUUGUGUCUUCCUAUUUUUUUUGCCAUUUUGACAACGCACAAGUUUUGCCGCGCAAAUAGUUUAAAUUUCUUUUUUAUCUGUUCCUCAUCAUCAAGUAUUAUCUGUGUGUUGUUUUAUAUUAAAAAAACAAUGAGCAUUGUAUUUAUAUUUUAAUUUACUUCGAAACGAAUUACGAUCAAUACGACUUCCUUUUUAUUUUUAAUAAUUAAAUGAUACCCAAAUAUGUAAUCAAUACAAUGUUUAAUUAAAACCUUAAUAAAUAAUUAUUUUUUUUAUACAUUUGAUUCAAGUAUUAUGAAAUAAUUAGUAUUAUUUUUUUAAUGAAACAUCUGACCAAAUCGCGGGGUGCAAGCGGUGAAGAUCACGUGUUUCGUUAAAUUCAUUUAAUUAUAAGCCAUUUUUGCAAUUGUACUUAAUAAUCAAUAAUAUGACAUAAAAAGGAAGCAAUAAAAUGUUUUAUUUAAUAAA